UUCUCACUUGACUCUCUGUCGUCUCACCGACGUAUUAUGAAGGUCUAGAAGCAUCUUCUCGAAGACCCAGUCGAGUGUGUAAAGAUGGACCCCCAGCAAAACAUGCACUUCAUCUCGCUGAUUCCCGGGAUGGCCCCCAGCAGAACGAAUCAACCAACACCGCUGCCCCCGGGGAUCGGCACCUCUCUCUCCCCCAUGAUGAUCCCUCUCGCCACCAGCGACACAGUCGUCAUGUCUUCCUUCAGCCAGCCACCUCAAACCAUUAGCCUGAUACAGAGCAUGGCACCUGGUGGGCCCAGACCCAGAUCGACUCAGGUGAUCCUCCCACAGGGUCUGGCUCCGCCCCAUGACGUCAUAGCAGUGUCGGCACCAGCUCCGGUGCAGCCUCGGGUCCCGCCAGUUCACCUCUACAAAUGUUCGACCGGAGGGGCUUCUGGUGUGUGUGUGUGUGUGUAUGUGUGCAAUGUCCUUACUACUAUCUUUUCAACCCCUCCUCCUUCCUCACAUUGGCACAGAGGUAUCUCGUGAAGCAAGUGAGCGGAGUAAAGAGAAGGCCUCUCUGGACCAGUUACAGAAGGCCUACACUGAGCUCAACUCUAGGAAGAUCAAAGACCCACUUAGCUCCUUCCUGCCUGACAUCCCUGGUGAAUUUGACAGUGCAGAGCCACCUGGGACCACGCUGCUGGAUCUGGUAGAGAACAAGCCGAUAGGAGGCAAAGAGUUCCACGGUCUGUCGGGACAAGCUCUUCUCGGAUUCAGACUCCUCCCUGGGCCUCUACCAGAGCAGUUCAGGAUAGACCCGCCGUCCAUGACUGGCCACACCAAAUCUCGAAAGAAAAAGAAACACAAGCACAAGAACAUCGAUCGCUCAGAGGACAAAUCCGACACCAGCCACACACCUCCCAAAUCAUUCAAACUGCCCCCAGAUGCCUACUCCUUCAUAAGACACGAGUCCCACAUGUCGACUUUCAUGAUGCAAGGUUCGGAGACGGUGCUGCAUUCGGGAGGGGGCGGGGCGGGGAUGGUGGGAGGAGGAGGAGGGAUGGUGGCUGGAGGGGGGUUGGUCGCAGGCGGUGGGGUCUCCGCCGGCCAGAUACUCCAGCAACAACCAGUCUAUGCCAGUCAAGGUGGCACACAUUUAGUUGGAGGUGGCCUCCAGGUCUUGGGUGACAAGAAGAAAAAGAAAAAGCGAGACAGAGACGAGAAGAAAAAGAAAAAGGAUAAGAAGAAGAGAAAGCACCAUCCUCCCCCGGAUGGUACUGGUCACCCAUCACACCCUCCCCUCCCACACACCCACGUGACUCCUCCCCCUCCCUCCACAAAUGCUCCCCACUUCCCACACCCUCACAGCUAGCACAUCACCAAACUGACAUGACCAAGCACAUGACUGCUAUAAUAACACUAGGGAUGAAUAUUGAUUUUAAAUUCAAUUGUCCGGUGCUGGAUAAGUCAUUUAGGAAUAUUCAACAUUAAUUGCCUAGCAACCUGUCUGAAACUAGCUGGAGGAGGUGCUUUGAUUACCAGGGGCUUCCCGUCUCUAUGGUAAUCAGGAAUGCAUAGCUGGUAGGCAUGGAGACACAUGGGCGAGCGUUUGAUGAGUUUCAUGUUCUUUAGUUUUCUCU